AUGGCUGGUCUUGUUAGUUACGGGAGCAGUAGCGAGGAUGAAGAUGUCCAACCGCGUUCUCCGCCUCAACCAGAGAAAUCGAAUGGGACGGCUACAGAGGUUGAAGUUGCCGGCGCCCCCAAACCCGAAGCCGAGCCAACCGGCCCAUCGCUUCCUCUAGAAAGCUCCGCCGCACCACCAGACGCCUUCAUCGGUCCGGUGCUUGCGCCCAGCGGACCGACGGCAGGAGACCUCCCGGAACCAGACCAGGAGCCGGAUAUCCUCACCAUGCCCCCGGAUCUCCCUACACCUCCACCCGCGCCCUACUCCGUUGAAAACUUUCUUGAGCUCAAAGACAAGGGCGUGCACUUCAACGCCAAGCUUCAGUCCUCGGCGGCCCUGCGCAACCCCGCCCUCCUCGACAAGCUCCUCGCGUUCGCAGAGCUUGAUGAAGCAGGCCCGCCGGUGGCCCGCAGUACGCCACGACGCUUCCCAAGGAACUAUGGGAUCUCACGUUGCUCCCCGAGUGGGCGCACCGGCAGGAGCUUCGGCUGGCGCAAGAGAGGCUAA